GUUAUAUGUUGUGUUAUUCCAGACUUGUCUGAUGACGUGUAUGGACAUUCAGUUGAGGAUUAUGAUUUGGCUGUGUCACCAACAACUGGUAAGGAGUCUGGUGUUAUAUGUGAUGUUUGACUUUUCUUUUAUUAUCACCUGUAUUAAGAAUGCACUUGCCUUUAAUAUUAUUUUUUAAUGAAAUAAUUUGCAUAUGUGUAAUCUCUCCAUGUAUAUAACCAGUCAAAAACCAUUAUAUCACCUCCACUGAAAGACCUUUCUUAACUUGCCCUUCAGUGAGAUACUCAAAGGUCUUGCUCCUCAUCAGACUUUAUCAGAAAAUUAUGUUAUCAUUACCAUAUUUACCCAAUCUAUACAAUGUACAAUUUUUCUUGUGAAAACUUGCUUCAAAAUUUUAAGUGUGUAUUAUCCGCAGGGAUCCCUUUUUUCAUGCAGUUGAUAAUUUUUGUACUGUAUACAAAGUUAUUUGGCUAUAAACAAGGACCCUCCACAUACAGCUUUAGUCAUCUAAACUUGGUAGAAACGUUCAGCAUUGAGCAGAUUCUUUAAAUUUUUCAUGAUUUGAGGCUUGCACAACAGAGGAAGAAACAUUCUUGGCAAGGUUAUGAAAAAAAAUUGUAUUGAUCACCUUAUAUGCCCUUGCUAAAACAAAAGUAAUUUAUUUGCAGCCCUAUCAAUGCUUUAAACAAAGAAAAGCUCUGCUCAGACAGAUGUGGUGUGACCAUUCAAAUGACAUGUCUGUGAAAUUGCUUUUGCUGUUUCUUUUUCGUUUUUUUUGAAAUAUGGAAUCUUUAUAUUGAGGUUUGACUCUUGGACUCUUUAUCCCUGUAAAGUAUAAGGAUUUAACCUUCUCUUCACAUUGCUUCCUGCAGCUGAGCAGUUCAUAUUCAGACGCAGUAACAGUCGGGACCCAAACCUCUCAUCAUACAUGGCUGACAGGUUUGGCCGAGUAGAUGAAGAGGAUGAGGAGGAGUCUGAGGAGGAGACAUUUGCUAGUUCCCAGGACUACAGAAGACCCCAGCUAGAUCCCACAAGUGAAGGUAUAAUAACUUCACUUUUAUGUUCACAUGUUCACAGGCAACUCUUUGUAAGGCAGACACGUCAGUUUGGAUAAUCAGUGUUUUGUCUUGGAGAGCUGUCUACUUUAUAGCAAGUCAGAAUAUGACUGUAGAAUGGCAAGCCUGUCUCAAGCUGUCUGUAUCACGAGGUAUACCUUAAGGAGUCUAUCCAUUAGGAAAAGUGAACUUUAUAACUGCUCGUAAUACCAAAAUAUCAGUCUUAGAGUUGGAGCUGACUACUUCAUAAAGUGAAAAAAUAUGACCACAGAAUGGCAGAGACCAUUUUAAACUUUCUGUAUUAAGUAGUAUGUGAUGUAGACGUAUCCAUUGGAGGACUGUCACUAAGGAUCAGAGGCCGGGGAUUUCCCUUGGCUUCUAUAACCAUAAUCUCCAUCUACUUUUAUGAGGAAAUAGAAGAAAAAGAGAACCAAAUUAAAUCCCUAGCUGUAUGAUCCCCUUCCUACAUUUCAUAUUUACCCAGCAAUUUGAAAUCUUAGUGACAGCCCUGCAUUCGGAGAAAGGUGACUGUGUAACUGUAGUUAGUACUGAAAUGUUAGUCCAACAGGUAGAGAGCUGUCUGCCUGUAGCCAAUGUACUUUUGCGUAUUUGUAAGUUCAGUGUAGUUACAGUAUGUCUUAAAAAUGUUCUUUUCAUUAUUGAAUUUCUCCUUGCUUCAGCAAAAUUAUCAUCUUGUAUGGAUCAGCUUCAUUCAAUUCUUGGAGAGACAUUACAUGAACCUACAGCAGUUACAGCAGUUUUACAAAGUAACUUUGAUCUAGAGAGAGCUCUGGACCAAAUUCUUAGUCAAGGUAACAAACACAUUGAUAAAACAAAGUAAACAGAUUCCCCCAGGACCUAUCAGUACCUGUUCAUUUGUUGUUUGAAGGUGACAUGGCCUGUUUUAAGGGACAAUAAGGUGCUACUCAUUGCCACUGUGUAGAAGUGACCAUUGUGUGGAAAUUUCAAUAACAGUGCUAAUGUACGGGUCGAAUUUUGUUGCCUUUGUAUUGAGGGAGUGAUUGUGUGGUGGUGCCUGUUGGUCCAGGUUCAACUGUAUUAUUUUUGCUGUUUCAUGUUUUUUGUUUUUGUUUUUAAUUUUACGAAUUAAGAGUUGUGUCUAACCUGAGAUCAGGCCCAAUUUAGCAGCUUUCAUACAUUCUCUUAUACGUGGUCACUCUAAAAUCUCUUUUCGUUUCGCCUUUCCCACCAGAAUUUCAUUUACCUAGCAAAACGAAAAUAUAGCCUGAUCUCAGGUUAAGUUGUUUCUUGUUCUUUUUUUUUGUUGUUUUAAUUCAGGGGGAAAACAAGACCUUAAGGCAAAUUUGGAUCCAGAUGAGAGUGAAGGUGAGUUGUGAACUGAGUUUUAAAUUCUGUCAUUAAUUUAUUAUUUCAUCUAAGUGGAAUAUACCCCAAGUAUCUGAUUUUAUAAUAAAAAGAAUAAUGACAUACAAUUUUCAAUGUCUACCAGUUUUUAAGCAAUCUGAGUGCUUUUGUUCGCCUUUGAAACUAAUGACAUACAUCAUUUUCAAUGUUUAGUGGCCCCGUUUUCAUUUUUUUUGUCAACAGAAAAAGAAAAUUCUGAACAGUUAUAUUAUUGUUUAUUUUACUCUAGUGUAUAGGUUUUUUCAAAGAAGAAAGUCAUAUCUUGGGGGCCAUGUAUCUUUGGUCACUAAAUAAAAAGCUGGGAUCAACCCCAAUGUUGAAUGCAACCCUGAAAAUUUUAAAUGUAUAGGUUUGUGUAUGAAAAUUGAUAAUCAAUAUUUAAUUUUGUUUAGAGAUAACAUCAUAUAGUUGAAAUGAUAAUCAUAUAUGGGAACUGCAUUAUGAAGAAUUAAAUGAAAGAAGAUCAUCACAGUUAUAGAUGCAAUUUUUGCAGUUGCCAACGGAAAGCCUGAAAAAAUGCAGACUUGUAGUGGAUUUGAACCCUUUAGUUUUGUGAUGCGGGCACAGCAUUCUACCAAUUGAGCCGACAAGUGAACCAGGAGCAGAUGAUUGACUUGGUUUCUUAUAAAUACGGUUGACUUGGUAGAGCACUGCACUGGUGUCAAGAAGGUUAAGGGUUUGACUCCCAUACAAGCCUAGUGGUUCAUGUUGAACUUCAAUGAAAAAAAUAAAUUUGUUUUAUGUGGGGAGCAUGGCUCAAGAAUUAACUGAUUUGAAAUGAUUUACACUUGUAGAUUUAAAGCUAAUUUGUUGCCUUUUUUCUCUUUCUAUUGCCAUGUUCUCUGGUGCAAUUUUGGUGAAUGGCUCUCACAAGGUAAGGCUCUGUCUCUUGUAAAACUGACACACUAACAAAAGAUGUUCAUGUUAAAAGGAACCAGCAUAAAAAAUACAAUACAGAAGAGUCUUGUAGUAAUCAUAAUGCUGGCAUCACAGAAAGAAAGGCAGCACUGUUAAUGAGUGAUUCACAACUCUCCAAAUCUGCUGUUACGGGGUCACAUGUAAAUGUGCCCAAUGAAUUAUCUCUAGGUGCUCUAACAAGAGAUGAAAGUUUGUCUCGGCCUCUAGGAAUGUUAUCUUGUCAAGCAGUAACUUCUCUGCCCCUUGAUCAGUCAAAAGCCUCGUCACAAAAAUAUCUUGUGACAGCUCCUCUUAGCAGCUUGAUACAAUCAGGAGGGGCAUUAUCUGGUCAGGCGGCUGCAACACAGCCCCCGAAUCUAUCACAGGUGUCUACAGAAACCUCUCUUCUGUCAGUUCCUCUUAACAGCCUGUUGCAUUCAAAAGGAGGGUUAUCCAGUUGUUGCAUCAGCAAACAGUCCCAUUAUCUUCAAUCAAAACAUCAGCAACACAGUCAGUGUCAGGAGAUUCAACGUCUUGUACAUCACAACCCCUUGAUCGUUUAGAAGCCUCAACUCAAAACCCUCUACUCUCAGCUACUCUUAGCAGCUUGUCACAAUCAGGAGGUGCAUUUUCUGGCCAAGUAGCAACAUCACAACCCCUGGGUUGUUUGCAAUCUUUGUCACAAAGCCCUCUGCGGUCAGCUCCUCAUAGCAGCUCGUCACAAACAGAAGGGGUGUUAUCAAGCUUGGCAUCAAAAUUGCAGCCGCAACAUCAGUCAAAAGCCUUGUCUCAAAACCCCCUGCUGUCAGCUCCUCUUAGCAGCUUGACAAAGUCAGAAAAGACAUCACCCAGUCAGGUACAGGAUCGGGUACUAACCCCAUCACAAUACUCCCUGCUCUCAGCUCCUCUCAGCAGCUUUUCACAGCCAGGAGGCUCAUUAUCUAGUCAGGCAACAACAUCACAGCCGCUGGACCUGUUACAAACCUCAUCACAAAACUCUCUGCGCUCAGCUCCUCUUAGUAGCUUGUCACAGCCAGGAGGGUCAUUAUUAAGCCUGGCGUCAACAUCACAGCCUCUAGACUUGUCAAGAGCCUCACCCCAAAGUUCCUUGCUUUCAGUGCCACUCAGUAGCCUUACUGGUCAGCAAGAGACAACCUCCAGGGCUGAUCCUCAGAACAGUCCUUCAUUGCCUUUUACCAGCCUUACGCAAAUUUCAGGCCCUCAGGUAUUGUCACUGGCAGGAAAUCCAGUUAGAAAAUCAGACAACUCUCUCCUCUCAGUUCCACUCAGCAGCCUCUCUGUUGGAACUAGUCAGACCCCAUCAACGAGCCUUCUGGCUGCCUCACUAAGCUCCUUUUCACAAACUGCACCAACAUCACAGAGUAGAUCUGAACAGGCAAACUAUCCUGAUCCUCUUGUUUCAACACCACUCAGCAAUUUGUCACUCUCCGGACAUCUUCCGUCUAUGUCAUCUCAAUCUACAAGUCCUCGAACUGAAAAUCCCAUGUCGGAUUUAGAUAAAAAUACUCGUGAUAAUGUCACUACUGACAUAAAAUGCUUGACUGAAAAACUGGACAAAGUGAAAAUCCCUGGUAAAAACAGAACUGGCAAGGUAAAAAAAGACUGUAACCAGAAUCUCAAAGCUGAACAGACACCCAAUAUUAUUUCUUCCACGCUGUUGAUAUCCCCCUUGGUUGACUCAUCAUUGGAUCAAGGGAAAAUUGAGUCCAAGCAUGUAAUUGUGGAGAAAGGCAUUUCUGCUAGGGAGCAGAAAAGAAAGGUCAUUGGUAAACGGAAUGACGCAUUAGCUUUGACUGCAAAGCCAACUCUGUUUGCUUUAACACUGUCUUAUUCCUCACCGGCCUACAAAAACGCUGUCGUACAGAGAGUCAUCAAGGAAUUGCAAAGUCUGGAAAGUUUACGCCUAGCUGCUUUUAAUUUUUCUACUCCUUCACCUGAUGAUAUUGUGAAUGAAAGGCAAAAGAGGGCUUUCUCAAGAAAGAAGUAGAACUUACGAACAGAUGGAAUAGAGGAAAAUGUAGCUUUGAUAAUAUUGAUUUUUUUUAUUAUAACUAUUGGAUUGAGAAUCUAGUGGUGGACACGGUAAUUUGUUUGUCUCAUGAUGUCAAAGUACUACUUUAAAGUACUUAUAAAUUUUACUUCUAGUCCUGUAAAUUAAAUUAUUACAGUCAUUUUCUUAAGCUUUCUUAAUUAUUAGCUCAUUGUUUUAGAGAUAGCCACUUAUGAUGUAAAUGAAUUUUUGUGUAUAUACAGCAAUUUUUGCUAGUUAUUCCUUUUGUACAUUUUUUUAUUAUAAUAUCAUGCUUUUAAGAGUGCCACACUCAGCUGUAUCAAAAAUAUAUUUUAGGUCAUACAUGCUUUAUUUUAAAUAAAACUCCUAACACAAGUAAUUUUUUCCCUUGUUGUCCCUUUUAUUUUCUUUAUUAAGAAAAGCAUGGUUUUGAAGGUUAAAGAGAUGUGCAACGUUAUUGGCGAAAAAAUUCCAAUUACUCUAUGUGUCCAGCCCAUUUUACAGUUACGUUCACAUGGCACUGGAGGAAUUUUCUAUUGGCUGUAAACUAUUACUGGAAACCUCUUUCACGAGGAACCGUUCAAUGUUUUUUCUCCAUUCUAAGAGCUGAUGUUCAGGUUGAAUUUUUAACUGUUGUCAUAGGUUUUGCGAUCUGCCCAUGCACAGAGCGCUAUUUUAGCAAAGCCAAAAUGACAUCUCCCAACUGAGUUAUCUCACAUCAACAUGCAACCGCGCCUUUGCCAAACAAAAAUUAAGGUGGUUAUAGUAUUCACACCGCACCUGUGUAAAUUGCCAUAUGAACAUAUAGAUGGUUUGGUGUUCACACUGCACCUGUCAAAUUUUCAACCCUACAAUCCAAAAAUUUGGCCUUGAUGUUAGUGUUUAAAUGUUUGAAUGGCUAGGUAUUCACAUGAACAGAAUACCUAAAUGCACAAGUUUUUGAGGAGUCGAAAAUUUGUCUGUUACAAUGUGAGUGUAGCCUAAGUAAUAUUGUCAUGACUUCAAAAACCAGACACCUUCAGGGCUGGAAGAAAGGAGGUAAAACUACUACAUCCAGUGCAGAAUCAUGUCUCUUUGGAUGCUAAGAAGGCAGAAGCUGCUCCAGUGGUCACCUCUGUGCAAGACAAACCUGUGAUAGGAUUCUCAACUCCUCCAGUAAACAACAAGAAAUCUAGGGAAAGGUAGAGAUGUGUAAAUAUCAUAAACUGCCACUUAUAAGCCCUUCCCCCUCAGUUAUAAGCCCUCCCCCCUCAGUUAUAGACCAUCUACCUGUAAACAAAAAAAUACAUCCAUUAUAAUCCCCCCUCUAGCUCCAAUGUUAAGCCUCCCUCUGAGUUCGAUUUAUUUUGACAUUUUGAAGCUUAAUUAAAAACCAGUAAAUGCAAAACAUACAGUUGAACCUCUCCACAAAGGCCACCUUGGGGAUAAUCAAAAUGGCCGUUGUAGUCAAUGAAAACGUAUGGUUUUUUUUGUAAAAAGUACUGCUGUUGUAUAGCUUUCGACUGUAUUUUUGUCAGCACUGCUAUAGCUUGUUUCACACUACUUUUUCUAUCCAAGUUAUAAACCCCCUCGGAUAUAAGCCCCUCCAUUUAAAAGCCCUCUAAAAACUCUUUACAAAGUUAUUAAACCCAGGGCUCAUAAGCAGCAGUUUACAGUGUAUGAAUUCUUGUUUUAUUUACAAUUUACUGUCACACCCUGACGUUAGAGCACUUAAUGCUUUUAUUCCCAAGAGUGACCAACAUCAAUUUUCUCCUUUUAAUAUCAAUAUGUAAUCAAGGGAAAGGUUAUGAGAGUUGACAAAAUGAUUGCUAAAGGGGAGACGCUUUGAUGUUUUGUCAAAUCCUUUUAACUAAUUCUUUGUUACGAGAAAAUGUGUGGGAAUCUGUAUGGAGAAUUUGCAAGUGGAUACUGGGGCUCCAACGGUCAAGAACCACAGAAGCCUUCCUUUUAACUGGGUGUCUCUAUUUAAUUCACGUACCUUUCAUAGCCUGAGAAAAAAGCCUGCAUUUUGCGAUGCCACCACUGGUCUCUCUGUGAAAUGACGUCUGAGAAACGCGUGCAGAAAUUCCAUACUGAUGACACGUCACUACUCAGAUGUGGGUAGUGCUUCUGACUGAUUGAAAAUUUGCUUCAACCAAUCAGAAGCACUAUCCUGAUCUUGGUAGUGUUACAUCAUCAGUAUGGAAUUUCUGCACUUGUUUCUCAGACGUCAUUUAGCAGGGAAACCAGUGGUGACGUCUUGAAAUAUCGCCUGUUUUCUCAGGCUAUACCUUUCACGUAUCUUUUUCAAGCAAUUUAAUGAUGGUACAUUUAUUACAUUUUUUUUGUUUUUAUGUUAAUUGCUUGCCCGGCCUCAUUUUAAAGUAAAGACUCUUUCCAAGUUUUGCACGUGCUAACGGGACUCGUGAGACUAGUAUUGAGAAGUUUUGGCCAAAUAAUAAUCUUUUCUUACUUGGCCAAAACUUAAUAAAGUUUUAUCAAUGAUGCAUUUUACUUGGCCGGUCAAAACAACAUUAUCGGUAAAAGAUUGGUCAUCUAUCAAAGAUGCAUUUUAUUGUGUUCUAAGGAAACGUCAAUACCCCUUUUUUUGAUGAGCAGAAUCACUAACCACAUCUAGUCACAUUAAGAACAGAAAUCAUUAGCCCGAAGAAAUUGAUCUAGAAAUGGAUUCUUCCAAAAUCAGACCUGAGCAUUGUAAGUAAAAGAAUAGAAGACUGGAGUAUCUAAUGUGGUUAAGUACGGAGUAAAUUUUGUUUUCUUUUACCUUACGUGCAGUUCUCCUGAAAAUGAGACAGAAACAGAUCAGAGACAAGCAAACAAAAAACAAAUGGAAAAGGACCAGGUUUCUGAAACAUUUUUACUUGUCGUUAUUUCUUUACCUGUGUGUUUGUUGUGACUUAUAAUGGGUAUUAUUUUUCCAUCAGUUGCUCGCUGAAGCACAUGAGGAAUAUCACAAACGACGGAAAGGAAAAACUCUUCUCAAUUUAGUGGUCAUUGGUGAGUUUGGAAAUGCUUAUGAACUGUUUGAUCAAUAAAACCUAAAACCCGAAUUUUCUUUUUACUAUCAGACAUUUUUAUACAGAACUUACUGAAGUCGAUCUUGAAUUUUGAAAUCAAGAUGCGAAAGUUCUCUUGUUUUGUUUUAGGUCAUGUUGAUGCUGGCAAAAGCACCCUCAUGGGCCAUCUUCUAUAUCGACUUGGAGACGUUUCCAAGAAAGCAAUGCAUAAAUAUCCUUAGAACAAAAAAAUUAUGUUCAAUUCUGUGUUAUAUUAUUUUUUUUUAUAUCAGCAAUAUUUAUUGCAAUGUCUGCUCUAAGAGCCUAAAGGGCUCAUCAAGAGAGCUUACGCUGUUUACAUUCAAUAUUUUAAUAAUACAAAUGCACAUCAAGAUCGAGCAUACACACACAUAAAAAAGCGAAAGAUUAAAAACAAAACAAAACAAAGCAAAUAAAUGUAAAAAAAAAAAAAAACACACACACAGCAACUAACAGAAGCGAUGUCAUAGCAAAAUAAACGACUGGACAAGCUGAAACAACCUUAUGUUAAUUUGAAAAUCAGCAGUAGAAAUACCAUUUAACAGCCAAUUUUUUUUUCUUAUCUGAGGCGCAAUGUCAUCUAUUUCCAAGUAAUUGUGCUGCGGAGGUAAACAACUUUUCACGUAGAGCAGUAAAACUUGGGCAGUAUAUAUUAAAAUUGGUUAGCCUUUGUUACAAGCUCCUUGCUUGUUUGUGUUUUUUCCUUGACCUGUUUACAUAUGAGACGGAAUCUAAAAAGGCUGGUAAGGCUUCUUUUGCUUAUGCCUGGGUGCUGGAUGAAACUGGUGAAGAGCGAGAACGGUAGGUACUCCUUUCAGUUUCCUUAAAGUUCCAAGAGCACCACUGAAGAAAAUUGACGAAAAAGUAAAACAAAUUCAUGUUGUACGACACUGAGAAACAAAUGUUAUCAUGUGAAAGUCCCGCUGAAAAGUUUCCAGUUGAAUGGUAACACCAUUUGACUUUAUCCACAGACUCAAAAGUUAGAAAUACGUACUGAAUAAACGGUAGCCGGAGGAUGUGUAAGUAUUGCUGACGAGGUGAACAGUCUCACCACACGAUUUUAUCCAGAGACUUAAAGUUCGAACAUUAUUCAACUUGACUUGAAUGAGAGGGAAAAAGGGAAAAUCGGAAUGCGAACAAAGGCGAACAGUGCAAACACUUUUUUACAAGCGACCUUGGGGAUUUGAUAACCUGAGAUCAGGCUCUACUUUCGUUUCGCUUUGUAAUAGGCCAUUUCCGAGUUCCAAAAAAUCUCACUUUCAAAACGAGGCUAAGUGCGAAACCUUUGUUGUGAAAAUGAGUUUUAUUUGCAUCAUAAUUAAAAAUCAUUUUCAUAUCAAUAGCUUCGCACUUAGCCUCACUUUCAAAGUGAGAUUUUUUGGAACUCGGAAAUGGCCUAUUGAAAUUCUGGCGGGAGAGGCGUAGCGCGCUCGCGUAUAAGAAAAUGUAUGGAAGCUGCUGAAAUUGGGCCUGAUCUCAGGUUAGGCAUUAGAUGAUUCGGUGAUUAACUUUGGAAAUAAAAAUGUGUAUUCAUUGCCGUUCAGUCGUCCCAUUUUGUGCAUGGAAUCGUUCUUUGACAUCUGCUCGAAUGUCUGACAAUUUAUUUGCAAUAAGGGUUAAUCCUUUUCUUUUCUAAUGUGUCGCUUAAUGCAAUGCGAUACAACGAGUUUGCGGUCUUUUUACUGAAGCAUAACUUAUUCACAACAGUGGUAUUACUAUGGAUGUUGGUUUAACAAGAUUUGAGACUGAAACAAAGCUCAUCACACUCAUGGAUGCACCAGGACAUAAAGAUUUUAUCCCCAACAUGAUCACUGGAGCUUCACAGGUGUGUUGUACGUUAUAUUGUCAAGGGUGUAUUGAAAAAACUGGGUCACGAAUUUUUGUGUACAUUUUCGAGAUCGGUUUUUUCGCUAUAAGCACCAAGAGACCCUAAAUCUAAAAUGCCCCUAAUCAUACAAUCAAAGACCCCAACACACCCAAACUACAACAACAACAACAUUUUUUUAUUUCAAAGUCCUUAUUACAAAAUAAAUUAAAACACAACCCGUAAUUAGCAAAGGCUUUUCGAGGUUGGUUGUGUAAAUAUAAACAAAAUAAAUAAAAAUAAUUAGGCAGAUUCGUAAAAUAAAAUUUAAAGAAAAAAAAGUGUUUUAAGAAAAAGGCAUAUUAAUUAGACAAGACAAUAGACCACAAUCAAUUACACUAACAAUAGACGUCAAUGUCCUCCUCAAUUAUAUGGACUGCACAUGAGUGACGUUAUAUUUGAUUGAAAUUUCUUCUUAGGCUGAUGUAGCAAUCUUAGUGGUUGGAUCCAGCACUGGAGAAUUUGAGUCCGGAUUUGAAGCUGGAGGGCAGACGAGAGAGCAUGCGCUACUUGUCAGGUCGCUGGGUGUGACGCAGUUAAUUGUGGCUGUCAAUAAACUUGACAAUGUGAGUGAUUGUUAUUUCUUAUUUGUACUUUUUUUAAUUAGCUGUUAAUGAAUGAGGCUGAGUAGGAUAUGAAGAAUUAUGCAGACCGAGGAGGGUGUUAUCCACCGAGGCCGAAGGCCAAGGUGGAUAACACCCUCCGAGAUCUGCAUAAUUCUUUAUAUCCUACGAAAGGCGAAUUCAUUAAUUGUUUUAUUAUUCGUUCAAAAUAAUUCCUAGUGUAAAAACAAGCUAAAACAUGCUUACUUUCAUCGAUGUUAAGUUCACAUCAAUAGUGCAUGUUUAGAAGAUAGAGGGCUGUUCAGGUCUGCAAAUAUACUUCAAAUAGCAGAUGUUGUCGGUCGAGUUGUCUUCUUGCUGUUUUUAGACAAUAGUUCGUUGUGAAACGAGUAAAAUGCUCCGCCGACUGUUAGGCCAUUUACUUUUUAACAACAAAAACACCUCAACCUCGUGCCCAGGUCUUCUCGGUUAACGGUGCACUAAACUGCAACUGUGCUGCACUUUUGACGUCAUCGGUUGAUUAAUCGCAAAAUUCUUCCAAAUUUGGUCAACAGUAGCUGGUUACAGUGAAUUAUGCGUGUGCUUUUAGCCAAUCAGAAACGGCGGUCAGCGGUCAGAGAGCAUGAUGGCCGCGUUUUUUGUUGGCUCUGUCACGCACGUAAACGAGGGGCAGUUUUAUCUAGAUGGAACGCAAUUUAAGUGACAAAUUUUACGCGUUUAUUUCCUUUGUAAAUCUUUAUCUCUUACUAUAUUAUUUUUCUCAGUUAUAUUUACAUAACUAUGUAUCAGCUAGGAAUUGGAGGAAUAAAAAAAUAAAAUCAGAAACGGAGAAAGUAGCCUCACAUGCACAAACGGACGUUCUUUUGGCUUGUCAUGUAAACGAGGAGGGUAGGAACGCGUGACAAACCCCGAAGAACGUCUGCGUGAGAGGCUAUGUAUUGAGGGUUUUCUCUCUUUUUCUUAAAAGCGCUGUUAAAACUAUUGAUUUGACAUUUCUCAAUCUCAUUAAUGGUUCAUAAGCCAUAAACAAAGAAGAUCCUAAACCUUGACUUGUUUGGAUAUGUGACUGAAACUCUCAUAUUCUACAUCCUUUCUUCAUCUUUCUCCUCAAAAUCGAAAUACCUCAAUGUUCAUCAAAAUUACCCCGUUACGCAUCGUGUUUUCGUGUCUCUUCUCUACAUUUGAUAUGUGAUGAAACACGGUGUCCCGUAUUUCACAUGCACAAACACGAGAAGGAGUGUUUCACUUAUUGAGUCACCGAAGAAAAAUUGUGAAAUGCUUUAUGGAAGGUACGAUUUCUGAAUAGUAAUUUUUUUAUUGGCACCAAGAAAACCACAUCCAUCUAUCCAUCCAUGAUGGGUGUCGUAAAAGAAUGAGUUUGGAAACCGGUCGUUUCGACGUAAAUUGGUUUCGAUACGAACUCAAGAUGUUCAACUGCCCAAAAAUUCCGUUCAUUUCAAGUAUAGUCCGGGGGUGAACAGGAAAAAACAUUUUGGGGGAAUAUUCUUCGUUCUUUAAGCUAAGAACGUUAAACUAUUUACUCCUCGGCCGAAUAAACUUGUAUCGAAACGACGGUAACCCUGAGUUUGCCGUGUUUGUUUCAGGUUGGCUGGUCAGAAGCUCGAUAUAAUCAUGUCGUUGGAAAGCUCAAGCACUUUUUAAAACAGGCAGGAUUUAAGGUUUGCUAUCUGCCAUGUUCGCAAGUUUUACAGAAUUAAAGGCAUAUUACUCAGAAGUAAAAGCUCAAAAUGCCUGAUUUGAAUCUCUCUGCGAUGGUCGAUUUACCGUUUAUGAACUUAGUUGAUAAAGCCAAAACUACCAUAAUAUUCUUUGUUUCCCUCUAACAAUUUUGCAUUAGCUUUGUUUUCAAGUUCUCUAGGGACGAUUGUCAGGGUAUGUUUCCUCCUCCUCAGGCGAGCGCGAAACGCGAGUGACUAGUGACGAAGCGCAAGGGACCCUGGGAAGGAGAAAAAUGUGGAGACGUCUGGGUACGAGGCAGAUGCCAGAGCGCUGUUUUAAGAAAGUAUAUUUACUGCUUUGAAUCCUUUUCUUCUAGGAUUCUGAUGUUGUUUAUGUACCAUGUAGUGGUCUUACUGGUGAGAACCUUACAAAGUGUUGUAAUGAGCCCCUGCUCCGAAAGUGGUACAACGGGCCUACUUUAUUGGAUAGAAUAGGUAAGAAAUGAAGAAAUUAUGCAGCUGGUUCCAAAAACUUAGCAACUUUGAAACUCGGAUAACGUUUGGUUGCAGGUUUUUGCUUUCACGAACGGUUUCAAUGGAAUCGUUGAUGAUCCCUGCUUUGAGAUCGACUUGUUUCUUGAUUGAUGAUUUAUUAGACUUCUACAAGACGGCUACCUCGCGAUAAACGGGAGAAAUUCUAUCCGAGAAUGAUAACUGCAUAGACCUUCGAACUCCGGGUGAAUAUCAAGGGGAAAUUCUCAGGUGACUUACCUGUUCAUUGAGAUCACUCUUCUUAACCAUUUAGACCCGUUUUCUCCUCUUUCCUUCGCAACAUGGACCUUUUUAAAGAGUAUUGGAAUAUGGUCGUUUAAAAGCGUAGCGUGGAGAGGUUGAAAUAAUCAAAUUGUUUUAUUUAUUUUACAGUUUAGACUUUACCUACAUAGUUGUAUGGAAACCGGUAGACUAUACACCUUACAAUACUCCUUUUUCCAUUGCAGAUAAUUUUAAACCUCCAAAAAGGGAAUUAGAGAAACCGUUUAGGUUCUGCGUGUCAGAUGUUUAUAAAGGUAAGAAAGUGAACUAAUACGAAAUUAAGUGUGGACCUGACUUCCACAUAGGUUACUUCAUGUAGGACACUGUUCUAUUGACCUGCCUGAAAUGCAUCCAACCUCGUUCCCAGGGUUCUCUCCUACCCGUCACUACGGAUCGAGAGAUAGAGAGAGCUCUCUCUCGCUCCGUAGGGACGGGUAGGAAAACCCCGGGGAACGAGGUUGAAAUGCAUCCCUCUUCCCAGGCUGAGUACUCCGGUCACUCGGGUUGCUCCUAUCGCUCGGGCUCGGAUCCUUUUUUUCAGAAACCGGUCGUUUCGAUACGAACUCAAGCUGUGAAAUUGCACAAAAAUUUCCUUCACAGUGUUCAAGUAUAGUUUGGGCGUAAACAAGAAAAACAUUUUGGGUGAAUAUUCUUCGUUCUUUAAGCCAAGUACGUGGAACUAUUUACACCUCGACUGAAUAAACUCGUAUCAAAACGACUUUGUAUCUAAACGACUGGUAACCAGAGAGGGCUGUUUUAGCAGGCUACAAGGAAAUCAAGUGGGUAGAUUUGACAUCUCGGAUCUCGGGCAGACGUCACUCCCUUCGCACACAAAGCUCAUAACGCGUUUGUUUGCAUGUUUUUAGGUAUGGGCGCUGGCAUCAACGUUACCGGAAAAUUAGAGGCUGGAAAACUUCAAAACGGCGACAAGAUCAUGGUCAUGCCUGCUGGGGAACAAGGCUUGGUAAAAGGUGAGUACGUUAUUCCUUCCUUUGACGAAGUCAGUCCCCUCCCCUCCCCGGAGAGGUCUGCCUCCUAAUAUAAGUUCUAAGCAUUUGCAGUUCCAUUGGGCAAUUUAAGGUGCCGGAUUCGUUGGUGUUGUGUCAAACAAAACUGUUGAACUGUUUUGGAGUAAGCCUGGUCCAGGCGUUCAGAUCGUGGGGACAGCGCCGCACUCCACUAUCCGAGUGCCUGGAACAGGCUAUUUUGGAGUAAUUUUGGUCCAAUUUCCUUAAUUUGCAACCUUGAAUGGCCAAUACUGUGUAGGUUUUAGGCGUACUAAGAGUAGAGUGUGAUAAAGCCUUUUCGUUCACGUGGCCAACAGCUAUGACAAUUUACUAGAACAAAAGAAACAGGUUCAACUUCCACAGAACUAGUUUGGACCGGAGGUUAGGAUACCAACAUGGCCGCCGUUUGAUUGUUUUGGCACACCAAUAUGGCGGACGUGACGUCAUAUGAACACACUCCAUACAUUAAAAGAAGUACAUUCAAGUCAACUUUCAUCAGGCAGUUAUAAGCGUUUUGGAUGUUCGUGCUUGAAGAUAAACUUUGAAAGCAAUUCCUUGUAUUUUUUAAACCCUCCUCGAAAAACACGGUCGCUUAGCACGGGUCAUUGCGGUAUUUACUUCGCGCGUCACUCAUGUCAAGACCAUCUUGGCUUUCUUCACACACUGUGUGUAUCGCAUUAGUCAUCAUCGCGCGACCUGCUUGUGACAUGUUUUCGAUCACACUGCUUAAAUCAACUGUGUAUGAUCUCCUCCUCAACGACUUGUGAACUCUGUUUGCGUCACUGCCUUGCUUAAAAGUCAUGUUGCUAUAAAAACCCUCACCCUGUUUUCUUAUCGUGCUGGAAGCUAAUACAGGUAAGCCAGCGAACGAGAAAGCUCUUCGUUUCAUUCUUGUCACUUGUUCGCCUUUUACUCGGCUAUUUUCAUCUUCCGAGGAGUCCCGAAGUUCGUCGAAAUUUUCGUUGCCUUCAUUCGGAGGUUUAGCUGCUGCUCGGAAGGUGUCAUUCUGUUGUUCCUUGAGUAGUUUUAGCAGUUUUGGUAUAGCUUCUCGUUUCACCGUUUUUUCUGUGAAAGGUCAAAAGAAAUCAUAAUCACUAUAAUUGAAAAAAUCUUUAAGAGGUAGCAAUACUCUGCCCACCAUUCCUUAUCAAAUUGGAAUUUGGAACUGUUGUUUCUUGGAAGAGGGAAAACCUUCACGAAGCAAGGGCCAUAACCAACGGAUAGCGAGCGUUUGAGCGACGGAUGGUAACCGGAGGUGGAAAUUUUCGGGCAAAUCCUCUCUACAAAAGUAAAGACACUCAGUAAUACAAAUUUGUUAGCGUCAAGGCUAAACUAAAAUAUAAUAAAAGGGAAGAGGAGUCACUUCCAGUUGCCAUCCUACGCUCAAAAAUGUCUUUGCUUAUGCCACCUACUUGAACCCAGGUCCACAUUAGCGAGAGCAGGGCGUGACCUCUCUCCUAACCCUUCUCCUCGAGGGAGGCACAAUAUCGCGUAGAUCAUGCAUUGUUUUCAGUAGUAAAUACUUGCCGGGAACUAAAAAACUAUGUUUGUAAACCCUUUUUUGACACUGUUUGUGGUAGUUAAGCAAAGAUGUUUUGAGCGCCGCCCGUCAACCGGAAGUGAUGCGUUCUCCUCUUAUACUAUGCCCUAACGCUACCAAAUUUGUUUGGCUAUCUGUCCAUACUCUUAUACAGACGAUUUGCGUCAAACUUUGGGCAAAAACCACUGCCCAAGAAUGAAGAAAGUUUACUUCCGGUUAACGUGCGUGGCUCAAAAACGUCUUUGCGUAAGCUCGCUAAUGAUGAGCUAUGCUGAUUCGACUUACCCGCGUUAGCAGUUUGCUUUUUCCCUUCUCCAAAGAGUUGCGUUUUCUGAUUUGCUGAAUUUGGUCUCUUGAUGUUAUUAUUUACUAAGAGCUGUCUGGAAACCUUCGGAAACUUUGCGCUUAAAAGCAAGAACAAAAUUAAAACAACCAUGGUGGCUCUAAAUUAUCGUUUUUUCAACCUAGACACUAGCCUGCGUAGCUGGCGGGAUCGUCACGUCAGCGCUUAUCGAGACAGAGGUGGCGAUAUAGAGAAGUUACCAGUCCCCGCGUAGAAUGGGGAUCUCGCUCACCCCUUCGGCGUUUUCUUCUCGCUGUGAAUGGUAGCUUCUCCGCCAAAACCUCACUCGCGAGGACGAACAAUUCCACCAGCUACGUAGGCUAACCUAAAUAGAUAUUCCUUGCCUCAUUUCCUGAAAACUAGUUUUAGUCUACGAAAAGGUCUAAAAAUGUCUUUUGACGUCCGCCUUCAGAUAUACGAGGGAAAUCAAAGGGAAGAACAAAUGCAAUCCUCUCUUUUCUCUUUCUUUCUUGAAUAGUUAUUUCCCUCUAAGGAUCUUUAAAGAGAUCCUGAUAAGAUCCUAAUAAAGUCAUUGUUAAGUUGUAAUGACAAUUCCCUCCUAGAAAUUCACUUCAAGUCUCCUGAAUAGCGCCAUAAAAAAAAUGUAUGACAGUUAGUGAGGAGGAUUCGUAGGGUGAAAUGCAGUACCAGGAGGGUGAAAAUAUGAUGUGGUAUUUAAUAACAAAUAAAGCAAAAAUUAUGUUGAUUUUUCUAACCGAAAGGAAGAUGAAAGCUUUAAUGGCGUCAGUUCUGUGCAGAUGUAUCUCCAUUGCUCAGCAUUCUUAAACAUGACGUCAUCACGUGCUUUAGUGCUGGCUUUGCCGCUGACCCGAAGAAGCUCAGCGCACCAAAAGUGUCCAAGUCUUUCUGCUAGAAUCAGUGGUGUUUCACCGCGAUUGUUUCUUUUGUCAAUGUCUAAGCCAUAUCUUCUCAUUUGCUCAAUAAUCGCCUGUGUAAUCAGGCAAUUACCAGUCGCUGCUGCAUGAUGUAGGGCUGUAUUGCCAUUGCAGUCUUGAUCCAGCCAGGCAAUCUCUUUCCUGGAUCAUGCAUUCCACCAACUUGACGCGCUGUUUGAUGCAUGCGUAAGAAAACACUGAAAUGCCGAACGCAUCCUUCUGGUGGACCCCGGCGCCGUGGUGAAGCAAAAGGCGCCCCAGGGAUAGCCCCAAAGGCUCAUUAUCCAGCUCACAGACCAGGCGCAUUGGUGUACGCAUGCGUGAAUCCAAUCUGUUUACGUUGCAUCCCACUUUUGCGAGAAGGUGCACUUGUCGAGAAUUCCGUCGAGUUAUCGCUUGAUGAAGGGAGCACAUCCUCGUAGCCUGCAGAAUCAAAAAUUUUGAUGCGCUUGAAAGCCUUUACGGUAUAAUGUCUCUUUGUUGGAAAGUGGGGUGCCGUCAGUUUUUUUAAUCCACGAGGUUCUUGUAUGCAGGUUUUUCCACAGUAGUAGGAACUCUCGAAGCAUAGAGGAACACACGUAAGAAGUCAAGUCCUACUCAAGAUCCACAGUGACCAUUCUGCAAACGAAUUUUAGUUGUUUUAACCCACUAUCGCGCUCUAGUUUAAACCAAUCGGGCAGAAACGGGACAGACUAAGAAAGUGACUCACUUAAUAGGAGAUACGACCACUGCUAAGUGACCUGGGUGUUGGUUACUUAAAUUUAAUAUACCUUAUAUUUUCCAGAAUACCAUUUCUCACGAUUUUGCGGUAUUACCAAAACAGUUGGUGUAGAAAUACCGUUAAUUUGUUUGAUACUUAACAAUCGAAAGUAUCGUUCAUUGUUUCAAAAAUGUUUGCGAAGUGGAAAGCAAGCAAGCGCAGUUUUCGUCCAUAAAUUAUACUAGUUACUGUUAAUAAGGUACUGAGUGUUGUAUUUGAUAUUAAGUGCAAUUGCCACUCACAAACGGCAAUUAUUAUCCUCACAGGGCAGAGAAAAUUUGAAAAAAUAUCGGUUUUUUUUUAUUUUUUGGUUUUCUGGUAAACUGCUUAAACCAAAAACAUACAGCCAAGGCAGUAUAGUGGGUUUUUCUCUAGAUACAGCUGAGAAUAGUUGUUCAUAAGUGCCUUAAAAAAUCCUAAUUAAAAUAUCUACGAACUUUCAAUAUUUAACAUAAGCAUACUUAUCCAGUUUUCUGAUGAAAAAAAGAAACAUCACUUUUACUACUUUCAAAGAAAUAGACUUACCCUUGGAUGGUUUUCUGUUUAUUAGCCACCACAACUUGCUCUGAGCUAUUAAAGUUCUUGUUAUUCAAGUGCUGGCAGCAAGAUCUGGAUGUGAUCAAGUGAAAUAGCUACAGUAUUUAUUUUCCAGCCUUAUAAAAGUUUGGGAAAAAUCUAAAACUAGCUGAACUUUGUUACCACGCAACUAGAAAUCCUAUACAAGUUACUGUGGUCCCAGUCGGAUGAAUGGCUUAUGUUGGUAAAGAAACUCAUGUUAAAUAAUCCUGCUAAUUACUGAGUGUUUUGCUGAGGAAAUCCCCGAUAAUUGUGAACCUGCUGCUAAAUUAUUGAAUACAACAAGGUGUACACUCAUUGUUUGUCUCUGCCCACGUCUUAUUUUACGCUUUCAGUCAGUUAAUUUGUUAAUAAAAUCUCGUCUUGUCCAAAAUCUUUAUCUGUAACUAAAAGCUCUUGUGUCUAGCUAAUUUUAAACAAGCUAUUUUAGAGAGACAGAUACCGAUUAUAAGUAUUUUGUUUUUAUAAGUUCUUUAAAUAUGCAUGACGUUUUGUCCAUCUGCCAAUUUCAAAUAAUGUUUAUCUUUGUGUGUUUACUUUUAAACACCAGCCCUCUCCAUACAUGACGAGCCAGUUCAGUUAGCAUGUGCAGGGGAUCACGUGACACUGACGUUAACUGGAUUAGACAUGAUGCAUGUUGGGUAAGUGUCUGGUUGAUAAGAUCCGGGGUACUUACCAUUUACCUGAAAGACCGGAAAUUCCGCAUGGAAAAUCAAAUGGUUCGCGCCAUUAUCUUUAGGAGGCUUCAGAAUGAAGAGGCUUUUUUAGGCAAUGCAAUUUUUCCACUCCUUUUUAGUCUGUUCAGUUUAUGUGGAUAUACUUUGCCAGCGGAUUGUUCUCCCACCACGUCCAAUUUUAUAGUUUUACCGAUUUAUGCUCAAGAUGUCCACCCGGGUGGUCUAAGUAAAUGGUAAGCAACCCCGGUUUUAUGGUAAAUCAUAGAAUCUAAAACGGAUUUUUUCCCAUAGUAACUGUACCACUCCAGAACUGCAAAGCUUUGUGCGCCCACGUCGAGCAGUUUUUUUUUGUUGUUGUUGUUUUUGUUUUCGUAUGAGGUUCGUUUCUCCAAUCCCCCCCACCCCUAACAAGCGCUGAAAAUCACGAAUCCGAAAAAGUUCACCAUGAUUCAGACAGACUUAGUUGAAAUUUAGUUUGAAAAUCAUCAUUUUUGGAAUCAAGAAGCACAGAAAGCAUUUUAAGAUUCGAGAAUUCCAGAUAAUAGGAUUCCCCCUUAGAAGCGAAGCCCAACUGUGUUUCCCCGUCACAUUUUCUACUCUUUUUUUUUUCGUCGCAUGGUUACUUUUUUGAUGGAUAAACUGAAAACAUAUAUAAAUCAAAUUCUGAUUUUCCUUCUUUCGUUUUCUACGUUUCCGUUCGAAACUUUUACAGUUAACUUGACAGCUUCCUUAAAACUCACACCUAAUGAUGAAGCUUUGUGACACGUUUUUAGGCUUCACAAUGGCGAACCUUAAUUUUAUUUUCUUGUGGUUUUUGUUUUUCAGAGUGGGAAGUGUUUUAUGUCCUCCGAGCUCCCCAAUAAAAUGCACAAUGAAACUGAAGGCUCGCAUUUUAGUUUUCAACAUUCGUGUUCCUAUUACAAAAGGUUUUAUGGUGAGUUUUCUUUUACCAGGUACAUUGACAAUGCAUGGUUUGAACCCAGGAGUCAUCUCAUAAGUAGGUGGAGCAUGAUCGUCCGGGUGAACGUAGUCCAGAAAAGGACAGUUGUUGACACUGACUAACGUUUCCACAACUUGUGCGGUGGUCAUCUUCAAAGUGAAAGUGAGUCAAAGGUGACUACCACACAGGUUGUCGAAACGUCAGUCAGUGUCAACAACAGUCCUAUUAAGGACCACGCACAAAAUCAUAUUCCACUUACUUACAUAUACAUUGUGUUAAAUAAUUUCAUAAAAAAAAAACUAUGACCCGUGGAAAUCGUUAAGAGAAACAGCUCCCUGAUGUAACUGCCAUUUGAGAAUCGGCCACCCUGAAGAAGGCAACUUAUUGCACUUGAGGAGGUAACAGCGUAAAAAUUGUACAAACUGGAACCAAAAAAUUAAAUAAAAUAAUGUGAGUUGUUUUCCAUGGUGUGUUAUGGACAGUGUGGAAAUGGUGAAUAAAAUUUUUUUACUGUUUUGUUUGCAGGUAUUGUUCCACUACAAGACGUUAAAUGAACCAGCCACUAUCCACAGGCUCUGUAGUGUCUUACACAAGAGCACAGGAGAAGUUCUUCAAAAGAAACCCAGGUAACAAUUUUCAUUCUUUCACCUUUAAGCAUUGACAGUUUCGAAGCAAAUUUAGGCGGAUUUUACCCUGCAGGGGCAGGGGGAUGCGGGGCUGGGUGGGGCUUGGGAGAAAACACCCCCCUUCCCAAUCCCGGUCCCCGAAGGAGUGCUCGCAGGCUAGGCGGCAUUUAGAUACGGGAUUUAACCCCUUUAGUCCCGCAUUGAAUUUUUGUCCAUUUAGUGAUGUCGUCCUACCUUUUGAGUUUGUAGACGAAAUCCCAUGGUUACUAUUCAAAUGAAACCUCUUAUGCAGUUCCGUCCCUUCUUGUACUUUUUGUUUAGUAUGACUUUGAGUCUGUGGAUGAAAUCCUUUGGUUUGACCGUUGAAAUUAAACUCUGUGGGAGAUUUCCGAUUGGUCUCUCUUAUUUUCGGUAAUUCGCAAAAUUUACUAACUUCCUUACAUUCCUCGCUACACAGAUGUUUAACGAAAAAUUCCAAUGCGGAGGUAGUAAUUCACACAUUCAAACCAGUUUGCGUUGAAUUGUAUAAAGACUAUAAAGAUCUUGGAAGAUUUAUGCUGCGCUACGGUGGUGAAACAAUCGCUGCUGGAGUUGUUACAGAGGUGAGUAGUUAA